AACAAAUUAGUAGGCUUGUAGAAUACCCGAUUUAAGUGGCACUCCCCUUCCCUUCGGGGUGCAAUGUCUGCGUGUCAGUAUGCAGAGUCCUGGCUGCAACUUUCUGAGUCUUCCUUCCUUUCAGUAUGACUUGGUUUGAUGUUAAUUUAGUCAUGAACUUCAGCGUGUUAUUUCUUAACAUUUACGUUGGGGAUUUUAAUUUCUGGAGAGCUUUUUAAUCUUAAAACUUCUUUGAACUUAGCUUGAAGAAAUUUGAAAGAGGAAAUGACAUUCUGCAUGAUUUUGGGCCUUUUGUAAGGGGAGCUCUGUGGGUACCUGGUGUUGUUUGGACCCUAUGCUAGCUCUGAAAUGGAGUGGUGCUUGUGUUGCUAGCUAUGGGAGGCAGUCUGCCUGACUGUGUAACUUGGUAAGGUGUCAUGAGAUCAUCAAGCAGUUUUCUCCCUCUGGAUGAGUAGGUUGGUGGGUGACUUCUGUAAUUGUGCGUGAUCCACCCUCUUUUAAAAGAAAAGCCUUUUCUGCUCCAGCAGUCCUUCUGAGGCAUGUCUGCUUUUUCCUAGUUAAGUUGCGUAUUUUUGGGUAGAAGAGUUUUUUUUUUGAGACUUAAGUAAUAGAAAUCAAUAAUAGCAUUUUCAUGAGCUUCUAUGUUAUUUUCACAACACUUGUACUGUUGAUUUUUUUUUUAAAGCCUAGGAUUCAGCUAUCUUAUUUGUACAUUAAAUCAGUGGUAAUGUGUGUGGAAUUGAGUCCAAUUGCAGCAGUGCUUAGUGAGCGAGAAAAGCAGCUCUGUGUUGAGGAAGUGCAUUCUUCUGAAGGAGAACGAGGAAGGAAAGUUUCUGAAGUGGUCCAUAGUAAACACAGAAAAUUGUCCAUCUGGUAACUAAGGAUUAAGUGACUAAAUUGUAAAUGUGAAUUCACUAGCCCUAAUCCUCUUUGGAGGAGGGUUUUGAUAAUAUUACUGACUCACAGGGCAGUAUCCAUAAAGCCUGUCGCUCUUGUGGUUCAUAUAAAAUUAUGCGUGUGAUGACACUUGCCAAACCUGUUUCCCUUCCAGGUAUUUGCUGGAUAGUUUGAAAGACAUAUGGAUAGAUACCACUAUGAAUGUGUUAUUGACAGAGGUCUGCAACACCGAUGGCUCAUGAAUAAUCUUUGCUCACAGGGCCCUCUAAAUGUUCAGUGCCAGAGGUUCUCCAAUGGUAGUGUGAAGGAAAAUGGCCCCCAAAGGCCACGUGGGCUUAAAAGAGCUGCCUGUGCUCCUAGCACCAGUGGCAGUGUUAUUGAAGCAAACUGGGUUUGGGAACCACGUGCUUGGUUUACAGGCUUCUUAACUGGCUAGUCAGCAGCAUUCGUGUUGUUUCACAAUAAUGACGCUAUCUCAACGUGGAAGUACUUGUGAAGAUAGUGUCAUCUCAGAUCUACUCGGUGCCUGUCAAAGUCGAUCUACACGUACCUGGAAAAAUUAGAAUGGUGUAAAAUUUUUAGUGUUAAAGAACAGUAGUAUUGAAUGUUGAAAAGUGGAAAUGUUGCUGUUUUACUGAGGGGAGUUACUGUAAUAGUGGUUGUUUGGAGAAUUUAUGCGGAAGACCAAGGGGUAAUAGUGCUUUUUCUGUAGCUCACCCGCUCUGUGCUAGUAAUUUGGCAACAGCAGAGCUCAUGUGUCCAUCUGUUCUAGCUUCGUUUUGGCUGCGUUUCAAAUACAGAUUUGCUUAUCUUCAAGGAUGGAUUUUCAAAAUCAUAGUGCCUACAGUUCUGGGUUCUGAAGUCCUUGGCUCUCUUACAAGGUGAAGAGGUGACUGUAAUACAGUAGCAUUAGUGAGUAGUGUGUAUCCUGUAUUGUAUUAAUUUGUUCUGAUGGUCUCAGACAGCUCAGAACAACUUUGGACUGAGAUGAGAUUUCUUUAUCUUUCGAUCUUUGGCCAAAAGUAACUUAAUAAACAAACUAAUAAUCACUUAUUUCUUCCUCGCUGGGCAGUGCUUUGUUUUUUUUUUUUUUUGUUUUGUUCUACUCUUUCAUUCCAGAUUGGAGAGAAAUUCUGUCAUCCUAAGGUUCCAAGUCCAUUUAUUCCACCUACUUACUGUUGGAAGGCUGCAACACUUCUAUUUCAGGAACCUAGGCCCAGCUUCUUACAUUAGUGCUGUUCAUGGGUUCUGGAUUUGUGUAGACUGAACUACUUUUGCACACCUGGAAUUGCUUUUAGGGCCGUUUAGUGCGCUGGUGACUGCCCUGUGUUGUGUUCAGGGAGCACCUGCCUAUGUAGUGCUUUCCAAGAGCAUGUGAAAUCUCUGUUGCCUGCUUUGAACCUAAAACUGAUCAUACGAAGGAAGAAUAAUAAUAGUAUCUGGAAAGUUCUUGUUGAUGAGUGUGAAAAGGAAGGAAAUCUGCGGAAGAAAAGCUCUUUCUCAUGAAUAAUAGGAUGUUAAUUGUGUAUGUUGGGAGUGUCAACUGAAAAGGAGCAUCGAGAGUUGAGCUUGUGAGCAGCUGAGGAAUUAACUGGAAAUCAGUUUUGUAAAUAAUCCUGCUUAAUAAGUUCUAAAACAUUUUUUUUGUCUGUGCUGGAGGAUUUUGGCUUGUUAGUGGUUAUUUUGUGCCUCUGUUUUUGAGGGUUCCCCUCUGUUUCAAUACUUACAAGGUAUAAGUAAAGUUGUCCACAUUAAGGCUGAUAAACAGACCUACAAGAGGGCCUAUGAAGCAAAGACUUGGUGUUAUAAUAACAUAGAGCUGUGAGUUCUUGUAGAAGAUUAAUAGCUCUACCAACAUUUGUCCACAAUAGAAGAUGGGUGGAUUAAUUUCAAGAUGGAGGCAGGUAAAGCCUUCUACCGUAGAAGUAUUAGAAAAAAUUGAUAAGGAAAUACAGACAUUAGAAGAAUUCAGAGAAAAAAAUCAGAGACUACAGAAACUAUGGGUUGGAAGGCUACUCUUCUACUCUUCACUUCUUUAUCUUGCCACCUGCUUAAUUGUAUAUUUGUGGUGUCUCCCUGAUGAAUGGACAGCAAGGUUUUUUAUGACACUUCCAUUUUUUGCAUUUCCUCUGAUAAUCUGGUUUAUAAGAACACUGCUCAUUUUUUUCUUUUCCAAAAGGACAGAAAGGAAUAAUGAUGCGCUGGAAGAUUUAAAAUCUCAAAAGAAAAAAAUACUUGAGGAAGUGAUGGAGAAGGAAACAUACAAGACUGCUAAACUAAUUCUUGAAAGGUUUGAUCCCGAAUCAAAUGCAAAGGAGGCUGAACUGCCAUCUGCUGGAACAUCUGCAACCCCAAGACCUGGACAAGAAAUUCGUCAGAGGACUGCAGCUCAAAGAAAUGCUUCUACACCCACACCUGCUACUCCUAAACAAGGCUCUCCAAAAUCGCUUCUUCCGGUAAUACCGUCUCCUAAUCUGCAGAGGGAUGCAUCUGCUCUUAGUGGACCACCAGAAAGAAUGGCUGUGCCACCCUCGCAGUCAAAUGUUCUACCAAGGCACCCUGGAUCCCCAGCUACUUCAGUGCCUGGAAUGGUUCAUGUCUUCCUAGGUCUUCAUCCUCCAGGCCCUCCUUUAGCAAGAGCUAUUCUUCCUCGAGAAAGAGGAGUUGUGGAUAGAGUUAUUGAAUAUUUGGUUGGUGAUGGUCCUCAGAACAGGUAUGCUCUUAUAUGUCAGCAAUGUUGUUCUCACAAUGGUAUGGCUCUGAAGGAGGAGUUUGAAUACAUAGCAUUUAGAUGUGCCUACUGCUUUUUCCUGAAUCCUGCAAGAAAAACGAGACCUCGAGCUCCACGACUACCAGAUUUCAAUUUUGAAAAAAAGCAACUUCCAGAAUUGCAGUCGGAAACAGAGCGUCCAGAAUCAAGUGAGAGAGAACCGCAGGGGAAUCAGCAGACAGAAGAAACUGAAGUGGCUCGCAUUGUUGAGACAAAUGAAACAGAUGACAAAACACCAAGUGAUGAGCAGUUGAAUGAUAGUCUUAUAGAAGUUGAAAAAGAAGCAGCAGAAAAUGUUUCAACUGAAGACUCUAUUUCAGAUUCUGCUAUUUCAACUGAACAAAGUGAAGAAUCUUUAGUGAAAGCAGAAUAAUGUACUUCAAGUGCCUUCUGUAGCUAGUUUUUAGCUUUGUUCAUGCCUGUUGUUACUAUUCAGGUGAGCUUUUUUAAAUGGUACAACUUAAAAAUCUCGCUUGAGCUUAAACUGCCUCAACUGCCACAGUAUGUCAAAGCUUUGUGUAUAAGUGGAUAUUGUAAAUUAAGCAUGUCUUUAAGUUAACUCACAGAAUGUAUAGUUGGUUGAAGUCUAACAGUCAUAACCAUUGUUCACUUUGCAUAUUUGAAAAAUUUAACUUUUAAGUUUUAUUAAAGGUGACCUAUAACUUGGCAUCUCUUUAGCUGUCAAAGAGCAACUACUGGCCCACAGCUGAUCUUGUAAGUUUGGUCUAGUGAACUUAGAUACCUUUUAAUGUUUCCCUAUUGAAGUAAAUUGAGUACAUCUUAAAAACAGAUGUUUACAAGCUGAAAUGUCAUCGAACAUUUGACUUAAGCAUAUGGAAAGUGUCAUUACAGUAGUGUUGAUGUUAUUCAUAGUUUAACUUUUUGACAGAAUUCAGUUAAAUGACACUCAAAAAUGGCAUCUCCUUUGGUAUUUGCAUUGCAAAUGAACCAGAGGCACAUACAUACGGAUCUGUUUUGUGUUUACAUAAAAUAUAGAAAGUCUCUGCACUUGAUUGUACUUGAAUAUGAAGCACUAUUUAUACCUGUAAAAUAAUGACAAGAUAUAAGUGAAUCUUGUGCCUUUGUGUAUUUUGUUAAAGGAAAAUAAAGAUAUCUAGCAGCGAA